AUGGCAGAACCACUAAAAGGCAAAAUUGAUGAGUUCAAAAGCAGCAGUGGAAAAAGCAUCUUAAUAGGUGUAUUGCAUCAAGUGGAGAGUACUUUGAAGGUAUCUUCACAGGCAAGCGGCAUCCUGCAGGCGGGCCCCACCCCUCCUGACUCUGGCUCUGCUCACCCCCUUGGCCCGCCCACAUUCGACCAUGGCCCCUCCUCUUUCUGGCCCCCCUGUGUGUUCCCAGGGUCUUGUAACCGUUCUAACAGCUGGGAGCUGAUGGAACUGCGGGCGAUCGCCACCCCGAGUGAAGGGUCUUGCUGUGACUCAGGUGAGGCCCAGAAGCGGGAAGGCUGGAACUGGCAGUUGGAGCCUAAGCUGUGGGCAAGGUCACUUCGACAGCAGUUGAAUGCCCAGCUCCUCUUGGUCCAAGAGGAAAGGAGGGUAGGUUUGUCGCCUGAUGAGGCAUCGUCUGAUGCCCUUGAGUCUUGGCACUCUGUAUGUGCCCUGGACAGCAAACAGCAGCCCUCGGACUGUCAGAGAAAACGGAGGCAGUUCCUAAAGCCAGUGACCGAGUCAAAGCAGCCCACAGUGCUAGAGCUCCUGCUAACUGAGCUCCGAACUUUGUUCUCAGCUGUGCUGCAGGACCGUAGCCCUGCAGCUUGGCACUACCUGCAUGGAGUACUGGGUUUGCUGCAUCCAUAUCGUGAGUUUCUAGUGGGUCACCUUGAUUUGCUGCCCUUCUUGGAGCAGCUGUACUGCUGGGCACCCUGGGUCCAAACCCAGCUACAGCUGGACUUGUUGGAUGCCAUAGAUCAGGCUUUUCCUCCAGACAACUCUUUGUUAGACAGUGCUUCCCAUGCUGACUGCUAUCCCCAGAAACAGAGGUUCCAUCAUGGGCGCCCAUGCCCAGUCUGCCCUUUUGUGCAGGCCCGGUGGGGUGGGCAGCAAGUAAAGGAGAAGUUGACCACAUGGCUGCGACCAUUGACACUGCCUGAGCUACAGCACUGCCUGGGCAUUGUUGGUGCUGAGGUAGCCCUCGAAGAGACCUUGUGGCUGGAUGGACUUAGUCUCCUGCCCUUGGCACUGGCAACGGACAUCCCUGUACAGUAUAAGAGCUGUGACACCAACAACACAGAAGAGGAAACUGUUAGAGGAAGAGAGACUAGGUCUCAGCUUGUAUAUGACGCUCCUAGGGAAAAGACCUUCCAAAAGAGAAGCAUUGGCUUCUUACCUGAGACUUCCUUCCUGGGUAGCCAGGUGAUGACCAUUCUAAAGACAGAGAGAGACCUGAAGAAGAUCCACUUCCUCUACCUCAAUGUGGCUCCAAGCCGGUACUUUAGCCCCUACAGCCUGAUAGUAGUGCCACACAACAAGGUGAAUCCUGAGCACUACGUCUUUUCUCCCUUUGGGAUCCUGCAUAUACAUCCUGUGGAUGGUAGUGAGACGAUGACGCUGGGCACCUGGCACCGCCACUCUGUUCUCUGGCAGCAGCUCCAGUUCAUUCCAUUCUUUAAGUAUUGCCUCUUACGCAAGUCCUUGGUCUGUUGGAAGAGGAAUGUGAGGCUGCAGGGUCUGCAUCGGCUCCGGAGUUUCCUAGGGAAUCAUCUGCUCUUUGCUGUGCCCCACUUUGGAGCUGGGCUACUCCACAUUAGCAGGCUUCUGCAGGAGCUACGAUCUGUAUCCUGGCUUCCCAGGGAACUGGAUCACUGCUAUGAGCUGCUGGACCUGCAGAAGGCUCUAGCCAAGGAGAAACACAAGGGUUUACGGCUGCUCCAUCGUUGCGUGAACCUCUGCAGAUCUGUUCUUCAACUGAUCCACGAGGACACAUACCACAUGCAAAAGAACCUGCAGGAGCGAGUGCAAAACUGCAACAGGAUCAGGGCAGGCCAAGGCUCCAUAUACCUUCAGAAGGUACAGCACCAUCAGCUGGAGCAGAAGCUGAAGCAAGCAGAGGCCUGGUGGCUGCAGCUAGGAAAGUUUGCUCGCCUGGUUGACUACAUGAUUUGUCAGAGCCUCGUUUCUAUCUUGGAAGAGGAGAUAACCUCUUUUGUGGCCAACAUCCUGCAAACCCCAAGGCAGGAACCUUUUCUCUCAUCACACGUGGUAUUUGAUGAUUGUGGCCAAUUAUCUCAUAUGCCCUGUAUUGAAAAUAUGAUCCAGAUUCUAACUGGAGGCCUACAGUCUGUCAAGGCCUCUGCCCUGCAGGUGAUACAGUCUGCAGAAAUGAAGACCUCUUGGGAUUCCCUGCAUUCUGAAGAAAAAGAUGAAGAGGAGGACUUGAACACAGAAUUCCCGAUGCCCAAGUUCCAGGGACAGCCCAGCGAAGCUGUGCGCAUCUUCUGUGGCCCAAAUGUAGGCUUAGUGUGGCCCUGGAAGUCUCACCCUAUUGCUGGUAUCCUGGAGGUCCGUGGGCACCGCCUGUGGGGUCAGUACUUGCCCCCCAAUUAUAGGCAGCUUCAGGAAGACCUGGACAACAACCCUCGCAUCCAGCAGGCAAUGAUGAUACUACAGGUUCUUCUAGAGGGUGUGCUCUUGGAGGUACAGGAAUUCUGCAAGGAGCAUCACUGGACAAUAGGCAUUCAUGAAUUCCUGCAAUCCUGGGGGCCUCAGAAGCUGGAGGACAUGAGAGGUUGUCCCAUCAAGAACUAUAUGCUGUUAGUGAGCCGCCUAAAUGUUUGGCAGACCCAAGUCUCCAAUAUGCCUACCAAGUUGCUCACAAAAGGCAAGUUGCUGCUGCUGAGCUGCCAUGAUGUACAGGCAGAGAUGGAAUCCAAGCUGAACAACAUAAGGAAGGACAUUCUUGCACAGGUGCAGAAUGAGUGCUGGAGCCGCAGUCAACAACUUAUGACAGAGCUCACAGAUUUCAUGAAUGUCUUCCAAAUCAUCAGCUCAGACAUUCACACCAUUGCACAGUGCUCCCAGAAGUUGAACGAGGCCAAUGAACAGUACGUCAAGCUGGAGGAGCGAAUAGAAUACAUACGGUCACUCCAUGAACUCAUCCGCAACCACUUUGGCAUCUUUAGUGCAGAGAAUGAGGCACUGGACAUCUCGGUGAGAAGGCGAUUCGGGGAGUCACCCAUCCCUCCCGGUCCCCCUUCCCCAUAACCAUAUCUACUUCACUGCCCUCUGCUUGUCCCACAGCUUCUGGAUGUGUGGGAAGCAUUUCAGUUUGAGAAAAGCCAGGCCUCAGAGUUCUUGCUCAGCAAGCAACAUGCCAUCGUGCCCAAGCUGCAGCAGCUGAUGGCAACAGCAUUGGCAGAGCUGGAAGGCCUGCUUGAGAAGGCCCUGUCUGGUCCCUUCAUGGACCCUGCACAAGAGCAGAGAAGCAUUGAGUGCCAACUCAUCUCUCUGGAACAUCAGUUCCAGGACACAGUCAGCCACCUUAGUGAACUGCAGCAUGCCUAUACUAUCUUUACUGGGGAUGAGAGUCCCGUGUCCUCGCCAAUCGGUGGGAGCCGUCCUAUUGUGCAGCAGCAGCACACCUGGCACCUAUACCGAGUCAUCUCUGAAAACAUCAGUGAGUGGAAGUGCAUGGCUUUUGCCAAGUUCAGCCUGGCGAUGGCCCAGGAGAAGAUAGAUGUCUGGCUGACAGAGGCAGCGCGGAUAAGCGCAACCCUGAGGCUGCACAGCCCAGUGCUGCAGCACUGCAUGCGCAUGCUGGAGGAGUUUCGGACCUACCUGCCCUUGCUCACCAAGCUGGGCAGCCUCCAGCUGCAGAACCCCACCUGCCAGUCCCUUCUGCGAGCCUUAGGGCUGGGCAGUCUCCACAAUAUAGAACUCCUAACACUGGGCCAGCUGCUCACUUGUCCACUGCUGGAAUUUGCAGAUCGCAUCAACCAGGUCUGGCAGUACGAAAACGAACGAGUUCAUGCCCAAGAGACCCUCCGACAACUGCAGCGGUACUGGGAAUUGCGCAAGCUGCGCCUGCUCAACUUCAUCCUGCAUGUUCCCUUGAAGACCUCAGCCUCAGAGCGCUCCAAGAGGCAAAUGCUCCACAGCCCCCAGUGGGAUGUAGUGGGCAAGGACAGUGGCACCUUCAUCCUCUCAGACUAUAGCAGCCUGCAGGAUUCCAUCCAGGAAAGUCUACAGAUGUUGUUCAAGAUCCUGGCCCUCCAAAAGUCAGGAGACUUAAACAAGAUAGCUUUGGAGUGGGUGACCAUCAUGCAUAGCCUUGAUGCCCUGCUGGAGGUGUGGGUGACUUUCCAGCAGAAGUGGAUUUUUCUGAAUAAAGUUCUGCAUGAGAUGAAGAUCCAGUUUCCUAGUACUGACCUGAACUCUCGUUUCAAGGCCAUGGAUGAUCAGUAUCGAACUCUGAUGCGCAUCUCUGUAGCUGACCCCAUGGUUCUGUCACUUAUAGUGCCCAGUGCCAAGAGGAGCCCUUACUUCCAAGGCCAGCAACUGCAACAACUGCUGCAAGCUGGAUCGGUGGAGCUGGAGGGAAUCAUCAUGGCCCUGGAGAGUGUGCUCUAUGGGGUCUGUGCUCAUUUCCCCCGCCUCUUCUUCCUCAGUGACAAUGAGCUAGUAGCCCUGCUGGCUGCCACACCGGAGUCAUGUGAGGCCCAGCUGUGGGUACAACGCUGCUUUCCCCACGUGCAUGCUGUGAGCUUCAAGUCCCAUCCAACUGAUGAGAAAAACCUGGAUGACCAGGUGUCAAGCCCAAGCACACAGACUCAGAUGGAGGCACUUGCAGUGCUGGGGGCAGGUGGGGAGGAGGUGAAGCUUCAGGGGCCUCUUCCUCUGCACCCAGACCUCCCGAAGUGGCUGGCCUCUCUGGAGAAGUGUCUGCGCUUGGCACUGGUGCGCAUGCUGCAGGACUGUGUGGCUACCCGCCUUGUCUGGGGCCCAUCCCUAGGGGAGGCCUGCAAGCAGCUGCCCCAGCAACUCUAUGUCCAGCACUGGUUGGAUUUAAUUCAGGCUUUCCCAUGGCAGUGUGUGCUGGUGGCAGAGGAAGUAGUGUGGCGGGCUGAGAUGGAGGAGGCUCUGCUUGAGUGGGGGACCCUAGCCAUGGUCUCCACGCAUAUGCGCAAGCUUGAGGUCCUGGUGUACUUUAUGCGGGCCCAGAGGGGCUCCCAGGGUGGGCAGCCCCUGCCCUCUGCCCGCCAGACCAGCCUGCUCAGUGCACUACUGGUCAUGGCAGUGACUCACCGGGAUAUAGCACAGCUCCUGGAGCAGCACCGGGUCAGUGAUCUGACAGACUUUCACUGGGCCCGCCAACUUAAGUAUCACCUAGGUUCACCCCACACAAUCCCCCAAAGCCCUCUGCAAAGCCUCAAAACUGUUGCAUCUACUGAGCCCUCUCUGCCACCAGCUGCAUGCUGGAUAGAUGUGCUAGGCCGGUCCUUCCUCUACAAUUAUGAGUACCUAGGUCCUAGACUGGGGCCUUUACCCAGCCUGCUGCCUGAGCGGCCAGCUCUGGUACUGUUAUUGGCCCUGGAGGAAGUAGCCUGUGGGACCCUACUGGGUCCUGAUGGUAUGGGCAAGAGAACUUUAGUGAAUAACUUGGCACAGGCCCUGGGCCGCCACCUGGUGAUGAUGCCCUGCUCACCUCAGACAGAGGCCCGAUGCCUGAGCAACUACCUCAAUGGUGCCCUGCAGGGUGGUGCCUGGCUGCUGUUGGAGGCAGUUCAGCACCUGCCUCUUGGCUUGCUCUCUGCCCUAGGCCAUCGCCUGGCUGAACUGCACCACCUCUAUGCCCCACUUUACCAGGAGGUUUCCCGAAGCACAAGCACCAUAGACCCCACCCAGCCCCAGCUCCUUGGCAGUGGCUACUUUGAGAAACAUCAAGUGUCUGUGCGCCUUGGCUAUGGCUGUCUCCUGACAUUGCGUGCCCUGAGCCCUGCUGUGCCUGCCAACCUGCACCUGCUACUGCGGCCCAUGGCAUUGGCAUUGCCUGAUCUGCAGCAAGUGACAGAGCUGACCCUGCUGGGUGCAGGGAUGCGGGAUGCCUCCCGCCUGGCUGCCCGCCUAUCCAAAUUCUUCUCCCUAGAGCGUGAGCUGGUGUCUGGGCCCCUGCCAUGCCGCUUGCCACUGCUCAAGCAGAUACUGGAAGACACAGUGCAGGCACUAAAUGUGGCCAAGGAGGAAUUCAAGUCCCAGCAGCCUCAGAGCCUAGCCACUGUUGAGGAGGCUGCCCUACUGCGUGCCCUCCUGCGCUCCCCACUGUUCAGCAUUCACAGUGGGCUCCGCCUGCACAACCUCCGUGAGUUGCUCUUUGGGAUUUUCCCUAGUGCCAGUCAAGUGCUGGCAGAGCCUAUGGCCUGCAGGCUGGUGAAGCCACUCAUGGUGGAGGAGCUGCAGCAGUUGGGCCUCCAUCCUGGCUCUGAUGUUUUGAGGUCCCUGGAACAGUUGAGCCAGGCCCUAAGCCGGGCCUCAGGCAUUCUGCUCCUGGGCCCCGCAGGCAGUGGCAAGACUACUUGUUGGCACAGCUUAUUUAAGAUCCAGAAUCGACUGGCAGCCAUGACGGACAACCAAGGCUACCAGCAUGUGGAAAUUACUCACCUGUACCCCAGUGUCCUCAGCCCUCAAGAGUUCCUGGGAUGGCUAGAGGGUCCCUGCUGGCAUCAUGGUGUCUUCCCCAGGGUACUUCGUACAGCUGGUCAAUGUAACAUCAUGGGUCCAAAGAGACAGACAGUAGACUCAAUGGGGAUCCAGCACUGGAUAAUAUGUGAUGGGGCCUCCAGUGCUGCUUGGCUGGACUCCAUCACUUGCCUCCUGAGUGAGCUUCCCCAGCUUAGUCUCCCCAGUGGACAGCAGAUAGCGAGACCCCCAGGGACCUUUCUCUUGAUGGAGGUAGCAGAUGCAACAGGCAUGUCUCCCACAGUGGUGGGCCAGUGUGCCCUAGUCUGGUGUGGUGGAGAGCAGACUUGGCAAUGUAUACUUAAUGUCCUGAUGGCAUCCCUGCCCUCUGAGUACCGCCUGCAGCACCAGACAGUCAGUGAGCUCAACCACCUGGCUGAAGUUCUGGUGCCUGCAACAUUCCGAUUCCUCACCGGCCAGGGUGCCAGUUCUCUGCUGCAGGUACAUGGGCAGCAGGCUGCUUGCCCUGGUGUGGCAGAAGUCACCAGCAUGGCCCGCAUCUUACAUGGUCUGCUUGAUUCCCACCUGCGCCUAGAGGAGGAGAAGGCACAUGGCCCAGAGGACCUCAGCUGUAGUGAUCCUAUGGCCCAAAGCUUCAAGUCUUCAAAAAGCAGCUCCCUGAACCGGUUCCAGACUGACUGCAACGAUUUGUCAAAAAUGCACAGGGAACACUUGCUGGCUGUCAGCAGUUUUCUUUUUGCCUUGAUUUGGGGCUUUGGAGCCCACCUUCCUUCCAGGCUCUGGCCCCUCUUUGAUAACUUCAUGAGGAGUUCUAUUAGUUGCCUCUCCAACUACCCUGAGCCACCACCCUCAGCCUUGGUGUUUGAUCUACAUGUAAGCUCUGAAGAUGGAACACUAGUCCCCUUCACUGACAAGUACACAAGCAGUCACGUCAAAGGCACUCUGGGCACCUUCCACCCUUCUAUCCAGACUGACCGACUCUUGUAUGUGGUGGACCUGCUCCUGUCAGGGGGCCAGCCAGUGCUGCUGGCUGGAGAGGCAGCAACAGGGAAGUCGGCCUUUGUGAAGGCGCUCGUGGAGCCAACUCACGCUUACAUCUGCAGCUCCAUCCACCCUGCCUUCAGAUCCACCCACCUCCGUCUCCUGCUUAGCAGAGGGGUCCAGGGCCAAACACAAACCAGCCCGUGGCCUAGGCAUCACCAGGAUUCUAAAGGCUCCCUGCUUUUCCUGCUGGAGGAUCUGCACCUGGCCGCUUCUGACUCAGAGAACAGCUGCCAGCCAGUGUUAGAGACUCUGCGCCAGGCCAUGGAUGGUACUGUGUAUGCCCACAGCACCUUGGAACUGCAGACGCUGCAGCCUACAGUCAACUUCCUUGCCACUGUCACAGUGCCAGGCUACUGUGAGCGCCCACUGUGCCCACGCCUGUUUCGACUCUUUACAGUGCUGGCCCUGGAGAGCAUGAGCCAGGCCACUCUGCUGAGCAGGCAUGUACCUAGUAUCCAGGCCUGGCUUGAGCGCUUCCCUUCCAUGGAAAGGGAGGGUUCUCUGGCAAGAGCCCUGGUUCGGGCCUCAGUGGAGGCCUGGGAGACUGUGUGCAACUGCUUCAUGCCUUCACCCCUCCACCCACACUACCACUUCUCCCUGCACUCUGUGAGUCACCUACUGAGCAGCCUGCAGCUGCUACCUGCCAGAACAGGCUCCCGAGGCUUUGUGGACUGUCCUGACCACCAGGAGCACUUGCGCCGGGUGUCAGGCUUACGUGGCACUCGCCUUACCAUGAUGAUGGCCACGCGCAACAUGGUGCGUCUUUGGUUGCAUGAGGCACAGAGAACCUUCUGUGACCGGCUGGACAGUCCUAGGGAACGCUCCUACUGUGCCAACCUGCUCCUAGAAGUAGCUCAGAGUGUCUUCUGCUGUGGGCCAGGGCACCUGGACAAGGACCGUGAUGAGGAGGAUGAAGAGGAGAGGGUGCCUGAAGUGGAAUCUGAAGGGGAGCUGGCCCAGUGGGAGGAUUUAAGCAACAGCGACAGUGAGACAGAGGAGGAAGAGGACCCUUAUGGCCUUCAGGUUAUCAGAGGCUCACAUCCAAGUAAUCCAAGUCAAGCACCAUCCAUAAGGCCAGUAAGCAGGGAGACCAUGGAAAGCAUAAGUCACAAGCUAAGGCAGGAGGAAGGUACAAGGGCUUCCAGCUAUAAACUUCAGGAAGAGAGACUGUCUAAGACUAGGUGGCAGAAGGCACCCCAAAUGGACCUGGUCUCACCCUUGUUGUUACCAGUGCUACUGCUCCGUCCCCAGGAAAAGCCUUCAGAUCUGGUUUUCAGUCAGGAGCUGAUACUGGAGUCCAACUCUGAGAGCCCUAGCUUGUACCUUGAACGGCAGUGGGAGAACCUGGAAGAGCAGCUGGCCACCUCUGCUGCUCGGCUGAGGCUGAAUCCCCACCUUGCCCAGUGCAACUCCAUGGCCCAGCAUGUGGCCCACCUGGUCCGGGUGCUGGCCAGGCCCCAACAACAUGGCCUACUGCUCUCAGGAGCUCUGGGUACUGGGCGCCAUACUGCCAUCACUUUGGCUUCUAGCAUUUAUCAGGCCCGCCUCUUCCAUCUGCCAUCUGGGUCGGAGGAGGCCAUUCUCCAGUGUUUACGAGAUGCCAGCUGGCAUGCUGGAAUGUUAAGUCAGCCAGUGGCCCUGCUGGUGCCCAAGAAUGUGGAUCUCAUUACCUUCCAUCGCCUCCUGGCCCUGGCAAGCUCAGGCAGUUUCCCUGACCAGUAUACAGAGGCAGAUCUGGACAGCAUUGAAGAACACUUUCCCAAGGAGAACCUUUGUGUCAAACUGAACAUUAGGAAGGAAAUGGUCUUGCAGAGGUUCUACCAGCAAGUGUGCAGCCACCUGCACAUGUUCUUCCUGAUUGGAGAUGAACAGGCCCACAAGCAGCUGCCCUCCACUCUUUUCCUGAGGCUCCUUCAACUGGCCACUGCCAGCAUUGACCACUAUGAACCCUGGGACCAAGCUGCUCUGGUCAAGGUGGCCCAGCACCACCUGGAGGGUGCUGGUCAGAGGCUACCCCUUGAAGACCGCUCCUGGAAGUGCCCAGACCUCCAGACCUCAAUUCCUAGUGUGGCCAAAGCCAUGGCUCUUAUCCACCUUUCGGCUGCCUAUUACCAUGAGCACCUGUGCCCUGUAUUGCCACUCGUCACACCCAAGACCUUCCUAGACUUCUUGGAUACCUUCCUGCUGCUGCAGCAACAGAUGACCCUGCAGAUGAAGAACAAGGCCCAGCGGGUUCAGAAUGCCCUGGAGAAUCUGAGAAUGAUGAUCGAGGAGCACAAAAUCCAUGCCAACCUGGUCUUUGACUUGGAACAGCAGCUGAAAGGCUCCCGCAAGAGCCUCAGUAUAUUUCAGCAGCAGCUAGAGCAAAGCGAGUUCCUGUACAAGCAGCAGCUGACACGGUGUCAGCAGCAGGAGAACCUCAUUGAGAACCUGACCAAGCAGCAGGAUGCCUUGCAGGCUCAGCAAGAGGCUUUCCUGGAGCAGAUGGGCAAGGCAUUUCUGGGGACUCUGAGCCAGCUGCAGGCAACCGACUUUGAGGAGAUACGGAGCUAUCGAGCACCACCAGAAUCUGUGGUCCAGGUGACCGAUGUGCUGUGUGACCUGUUCCACCAUGAAACAGGCUGGGCCAAUGCCAAGCAGCUGUUAAGCACUGAGGAUUUUUAUCAGGAGCUGGUGUUCUUCCCCAAAGAGAAGAUGACGAACUCUGAGUUGUUAAAGUUACACCAAGCUCUGAAGGCUCCAGGUAUGAGCGAUGCAGCUCUGCGGGCAGUAAGCAUACCUGCAGCAAACCUGGCAGUCUGGCUCUGGGCCGUUCUGCACUAUGGGCUGGCACAGCGCCGGGGACUGCCCACGGGCCUGUUGCUGCAGCAAGUGGAGGCAACACUAGCCCGGGAGCAGGCCCGCCUGGGUCACUACCAGUUUCAGGCCCAGGAGAUCCUGGAGCAUAAUUUGGUCCUGACUAAGAAGAUGGAGGAUGUCCAAACUUUCCACAAGUACAUGGCAGAGACCCUCAAUUGGGCACAGUACGGCCAGUAUCACAAAUGGCCCAUAAAGGCUGCACUGCUAACACCCAUGCAUUCCUGGACCAUGCAGCUGCAGAAGUUGAAGGGGCACAGCCUGACUAUGUUUGGAGAUGCCCUCCUAUGUUCAGCUGCUAUAGUCUACCUGGGUCCCUUUCCACCAUCGCGGCGCCAGGAGCUGCUGGAUAAGUGGCUGGCUCUGUGUAGGGGCUUUCAAGAGGCCCUGGGUCCAGAUGAUGUGGCACAGGCACUGAAAAAGAAGCAAAAAUACGUCAGCAUGCCACCAAAGAACACCCUGCUGCCCACAAGCUCUCCCUUCAGUAUUCUGUCCUUGCUGAGCUCUGAAUCGGAACAGUAUCAGUGGGACCGAGACCUGAAGCCCCAGGCAAAGUCAGCCCGCCUGGCAGGCCUGCUUCUGCAAAGUCCCACCCAUUACUGCAGCUGCCGUUGGCCUCUGCUGCUUGAUCCCAGCAACCAGGCCCUCAUCUGGUUGAACCCACUGCCUCUGGAAGAGAACAGAAAUGUGGCACCAGCCCCCACUGGGGAUCGAGGGAAAGACCUCAUGAGAAAGCAAGACAGAGACACUAAAGAGAAGGACACAAAAGAGGAAGACGUUGAUAGUGAAGACAGUAAUGAAGUUAAAGACCAGAAAAAAGAGCAGAAGACAGAGGAAAGAAAAAAUGAGGAGAAAGAGCGAGAGGAGAAAGAAGAAAGAGAGAAAGAGGGGAAGGAAGAGAAAGAGACAGAAAGCCAGGGGUCAAAGCCAGCCUCUGAGACUUGGUCUCCACCUCUUCCCUUCCUUACUGUGCUCUCGGGUGCUGACCCAGAGCUGGGCCCUCAGCUCCGGGAGGCAGCUGCUGGUGGCCUGCCGGUGCUACUGACCAACAUGGAGCUGGGCCUAGGAUGCCAGGAACUGCAAUGGCUGCUGCAGCGGGAGCAGCUGAGUCCACCCCAGGUGCAGCCUGGCUUCUGUCUCUAUCUGAGCACCACCCUCUCCCUCCAUGGCUUGGAAAAAGUACUAGGUUGCGAACUGCUGAAGGGGCUAAAUGUGCUGGAUCUGGGCCUGAACGUGGAAAUGUUGGAAGAACAGAUGCUGCAUGAAAUCUUGAGCAGAGAGUGCCCUGAGCUCGAGACCCGCUGGCAAGACCUAAAGAUCAGAAUCCUGGAUACCUGUGAGGCCAUUGAAGCUGCUGAGGAGCGCUUGCUGCUGAUGCUGCUCCAGAACCCAAAGCAUCGGAAACCAGCCAAGUUUCUGCGGAACAUGGUGAGGGUCCAGGCAGAGCUAUGUCAGCUGCGUGCCCACUGUGAAGAGUUAGAAGGGCAGAAGCUAAAGGAGGUGGCAUUGUGGGCUCCAUAUCGGCACGUGGUUUGGCACGGAAUGGCCAUGGUAAAGGCCCUAAGCCCACUGCAGAACCUACUGCCACUUUUCCACAUGAGGCAGGAUAACUGGCUGGCAGCCACCAAGCAGGCUCUGGACAGCAUGAAGCCACAUGAUCUUCAGCAUGGGGAGGAUCUGGCCAGCUACCUGCUGCAGCUGAGAACAAAACUGACUCGCCAGCUGCUGGGCAGCACUGUGGCUGCACUAGGUCUGACUCAAGUACCCUUGGUGGGUGCCUUGGGUGCUUUGGCUCUGCUGCAAGUGACAAGGAAGGCAUCAGAGCUGGAGAGGCUGGCACUCUGGCCUGGACUGGCAGCCUCUCCCAGCACAAGUCUCAGCAAGCCAGCCCCGGGCAUGGCUCGACCAGUCUGGCUAAGGCCACGAGCCUGGCGUGAAUGUGGGAUGCUAGAGCUGUUGUCCCCAUUUGUUGGGCUGCGUGCAUCCCUGGCAAGCCACUCCAGUAUUUGGCAGGCUUACCUGUCACUAUCAUCCACGGUGCUGGGUCCUGCACCUGGACCUGGGUCUCAGCCACUCAGCCUCCUCCAGAAGCUGAUCCUGUGGCGUGUGCUGCGACCUGAGUGCCUGGCAGAUGCCCUGGCAGACCUCACCACCAGCCUCCUGGGCCGGCCCUUGGAUGAAAACCUGGGUGCCCCCACCAUACCCUUUGAACAUAGUCGGGCUACUCAGCCCAUGCUGAUCUUGUUGCCACCGCCUGACCACCCUACAGCCACUUUGCAUCCCCUGACUGUCAUUCAGAAACUGGCUGCCAAGCAUCAGGAACAGAAGCAUCUGCAGGUGAUAGCCCUGGGCUCUGAAGACUGGGACCCAGUCUCAGAUGUGGUCAGCACUCUAUGCCAGGCUAUGUACAAGGGGCACUGGAUAGUGUUGGAUAACUGUCAUCUGAUGCCCCAUUGGCCAAAAAAGCUGCUACAGCCCUUGCUGGGACUGUUGGUUGGAGCUAAGGUGGUCUCAGACCUGGAAUUGGAACUGCUUUCAGCCCAACCUGGAAGCAGGAAUGUGGCCACUGUUCACAGAGAUUUCCGUCUUUGGCUUAUUGUGUCUGCAGAGUCUAGUACUUCCUUGCCAGCUGUGCUGAUUCAGCACUCCAUGCCUAUUUUCUGGGACCAGUCCCUGGAGCUCGGCCACAUUUUGAUUGACAGUGUGGAGCUAGCCCAGCAAGGAUUCUACAAGCAACCCUCCACCCAGUCACUCCCUCUGCUCCUCCUACAUGGCCUUCUGCUACACCGGCAGCUCUAUGGAAUGAGGCUGCAGGCACACAGAGGGCACUGGAGUCAAGUUACCCUAACCCAGGUUCUUCAGACUCAAGAUCAGCUGUGGGCCACUCUUAGUAAUCCCAGGGAUGCCAUGCAGGAGCUGGCUGCUUCAGUUUUCUAUGGGGGUCCUCUGGGGGACACCAAGGACAGGGAGGCCCUGAUUAGUCUCACACAAACCUGCCUGAGUCCCAGCAGUGGGAACUGGGUCCAACCACACACACCCCGGUAUCUGCUGGCCACGCUGAUGCCCAGCCCAGAGCUAGGGGAGCAGAAUGCAAUGGCAGAUUGCAAGGCCCAGAUGCACCUACUGCCCACACCAUCUGAACCCCGGAUCUGCGGACUUAGUGAGGGCCCCCAGGCCUGGCUGUUGCGACGCCGGAGUCGCGCUCUUCUAAGCGCACUGCAGCGGUGUUCACCAACAUGGGUUCCCCCGUCUCGCGGGGGCGCCUGGCGUGCAGAAAGGCGGCUGAGGCAACGCCUGGUGCUAGCCAACCAGAGGCUAGAGUCACUGCGGGAUCUGCUGACCGACACCGCGCGCCAAGACGAGUGUGCCGCCCCGUGGGCAGUGCUGGGGCCGAAUGCACGGCGGCCCCUGGAAGGCUUCCUAGAGACCGAGGCUCUGGAACUGAGCCAGUUGGCGGGCAUGCUGCAACGCGACCUCCACUGCUUGCUGCAGCAGCUGAAGGGUGAACCCCCGUGUGCCUCCCGACGCUGUGCAGCGGUGGCCCACGCGCUCUGGACUGGCCGCCUACCCCAGCCUUGGCGAUCUCACACACCUGCCUGUCCGCAGCCGCCCUGGCACUGGCUGCAACAGCUGUCGCGCCGUGGGCAGCUGUUGGUUCGCUACCUGGGCAUGGGCGUGCACGCGGGCACUGAUGUUCCAGAGCGUGUUUUCCACUUGUCAGCCUUUCGCCACCCGCGCCGCCUGCUGCUGGCACUGCGUUGGGAGGCUGCCCUGAACCAGAACGUGUCCAGUCCGAAUUUCCCUGGUAGCCGAGGCUCCGGCUCCAGUCAGCUCCCGUAUAAACGCCAGGAGCUGAACAGCAAGCCUCUGCUCCUCCGGGUGGAGAACGGUCCAAAUCCCACGGUUCCAGAGAUGGGGCUGCUGCUGACUGGGCUACAGCUCCUACACGCCGAGUGGGACCCGAUAGCUGGGGCACUGCAGGACAGCUCUUCCAGUCUGCCCAGUCCUCUGCCUCCGGUCAGCGUCAGAGCACAAGCCCGGGGCACCAGUGACCUGCCAGCUCCAGCCGGCCUGGCUGUGUACUCCUGCCCUGUGUACAUGGCAGGGCCCCUUGGCAUCACUAAGCUGCAGAGUGGGAACAUCAUGAUGCACCUUCCCCUACCCACGAAACUCAGUCCUGCCACCUGUGUCCAACGGAGAGUUCAUGUGUGCAGCCCACCCCUGCUGUGAGCCCCUCUACUAAAAUAAAGUAGUAGUGAUUCCAU